CUUUGGCAAUAUUUUACUUUAUGAUUUCAAAAAUCAUCUUCUUACAAAUUGUUCUGACGCUUGGUUAACAGAAGAAACGUCCACUCGCUUUUGAUAAUAAAUGUUGUAGUCGGUGAUCCGGGGGGGGGGGACUAAGCGCGGAAAUGGUCCGCUCCAAAACCAGGAAGCGUACUACAGCGUAGGGCAUUCUGGGUAAACACAAACAAAACAAACGUGCGUGGCUAGCGGUAGUAGCGGGCAAACAUGUCUCGCGGCCAAACGUGGAGUUACGAGGAGAUAAAAGCCCUAAUAGACGAGUGGUCAGACGACAAUAUAGCGGAGUUGCUCGUAACCACUCACAAAAACACCGAGGUCUUCAAGCUGAUUAGUGGGAAAAUGGGGGCGCUGGGGUUCACCCGCAACUUCGCGCAGUGCCGCAACAAGUUGAAAAAACUUCGCUACCAAUACAUAAAAAUACGCGACAUGAUCGUGAAAAAUGGCAGGUCGGGGGUGGAGAAGCACAGGUUCCCUUGGUACGAUGAACUGGACGCCAUUCUCGGCGCUCGACCCACGUGCAACCCACAACAUAUUGUGGAGUCCGAGGAAAAAGAAAGUCCCCCGUCGCCAUUCUCCUCGGGGCCCAGCGACUCUGACUCCACUGAGGAUGAGCAACAGUCUGAAAAAGACAAAAUUGCCCCUUGCAUUAAAGUUGAAGAGACGCCCACCACAAGCUCACCGCUGGAUGAAGACAGGGGCGAACCCGCGGUGGCCACACCUGGAGCUCAGAUUAGAAAGGAAGGGACAAAGACUGACAGGUUUGAGAGAAUGUUCGAAAGCUACCUGGAAGCGAAGAAGAAAAUGGACGAGGACGAAAGCCAGAGGACGAAGCAGGAGUUCGCCGCUUUUGAAAACUUUUUAACGAUGCAGCGGCAGGCCGAAGAAAGACAUUUCCAGCUACUGCAGGAGCAGCAGAGGGUCAGCAGCCAGAUGUUUUUACAGAUGAUGGGGAAUAUUCUUCGCGCCGCAGUGGCCCAACCAGCGUCACAGCCUGCCACGGGCCAGCAGUGGCCCCCGGUGUGUCCCACCAACUCAGCUCCCCACCGUUCCUCACAACCCACUCACCACACUGAUCCUUCACCUUCGUUCACGGCCCACCAGGAUAGCGCACAGGAGCCUUGCACACCUCAGCUCUCGACAUCUCCUGUUCUAGACGACGUCGACUGACGCUUUGUGGAUUUCCUAGUUCAUAAAAGACUUGCGUCGUUUAUAAACACAAUAUAUUUUAGAAUAGUUUUUAUGAACGACCAAUAUGGUGCUUAUUAUUAAAAGGAUAUGUUCAGAUGUGUACAAAAAUGAAGCAUUAAUGUUCUUUGCUACAAUAAAUACAUAAAUCCAAAAUAUUAA